ACGACGGCGGCGCGUUGGCCCCGGCAGCAGCUCUGGGAUCGGCAGGGGCUCGGGCGGCGCCUCUCUGCGGCGGCGCGGCCCGGCUCCGGCCCCGCCGGGGCGAUGCUCCCCCGGGCUGCGGGAUGAACCAGUGACUCUACUGGCCCCGGGCAUGGCGGACCCAGUGGCAGGCAUCGCUGGCUCUGCGGCCAAGAGUGUACGGCCCUUCAGCUCCAGUGAGGCCUAUGUGGAAGCCAUGAAGGAAGACCUGGCCGAUUGGCUCAAUGCCUUGUAUGGUUUGGGUCUGCCAGGCAGUGGCGAUGGCUUCCUCACUGGGCUGGCCACAGGCACAACCCUGUGCCAACAUGCCAACGCUGUCACCGAAGCUGCCCAGGCUCUGGCUGCUGCUCGCCCAACCCGAGGUGUGGCCUUCCAGGCACACAGUGUGGCGCCUGGCUCCUUCAUGGCUCGAGACAACGUGGCCACUUUCAUCGCCUGGUGCCGGGCAGAGCUGGGUGUUCCUGAGGUGCUCAUGUUUGAGACCGAGGACCUCGUGCUCCGAAAGAAUGAGAAGAGUGUGGUGCUGUGCCUAUUGGAGGUGGCUCGGCAGGGGGCCCGUCUGGGCCUAUUGGCCCCCAAGCUGGUCCAGUUUGAGCAGGAGAUCGAGCGUGAGCUUAGGGCUGCACCUGAGGUGGCCAGCAUCCCAGCUGCUGAAGAGGUCACCGAGACUGCCACUGUACCAGGGGCUCCCACUCGUACUCCCCGCAUGACACCCCAUGACCUUCGAAACCUUGAUGAGUUGGUGAGGGAGAUCCUGGGCCGCUGCACCUGCCCAGACCAGUUCCCCAUGAUCAAGGUCUCUGAGGGAAAAUACCGAGUAGGAGACUCCAGCCUGCUCAUCUUUGUGCGGGUGCUGAGGAGCCACGUGAUGGUGCGGGUGGGCGGCGGCUGGGAUACACUGGAGCACUACCUGGACAAACACGACCCUUGCCGCUGCUCGUCCACUGCCCACCGUCUGCCGCAGUCAAGGACCGGCACCUUCUCCCCACAGAGGGGGUCGCCCACCCCCAGCCCCCGCCCCGGUAGCCCAGUCCCCGGGAGUGAGCGCAGGGGCUCCCGGCCCGAUAUGACUCCCAUUAGCCUACGAAGCACAAAGGAGGGGCCUGAGACCCUGCUCAGGCCCCGGGAUCAGCUGCCCCCCCUCCCCCGCUCCCGCCGCUACUCCGGGGACAGUGACUCCUCAGCCUCCUCAGCCCAGAGUGGCCCCCUGGGUGCCCGCAGUGAAGACGCGGCCACUGGCCCCUGGAGGGAGCGCCCUAGCCGACGGCUGACCACUGGUCCCCCUGCCUCCCCAAGACGGCCACCUGCCCCUCGCAGCCAUUCCCGAGACCGGCUGGACCGGGGGCGGCCUUGCGUGGUCCCGGGAAGCCAUGGAGCCCAGGUAUCCGCCCCCAACCUCCCCAGGCCCGCCCGCAGCCAAAGCCGCGAGGAGCAGGCCAUGCUUCUCGUGCUCAGGGACCAAGACGGACAGCACUCCUGGGUGACCCGGGGCAGGGGUGGCCGAGGGUCCGGCAGGAACACCCCGCAGACUCCACGUGCCCGCAGCCCUGCAGCACCCAGGCCUCUCCUGGGCUCUAGCCCUAGCCCGGAGUUGACUGCCAUACCCGCCAGUGUCUUCCGCACACCACUGCAACUUGACCCGCUACAGGAGCAACAGCUGUUCAGGCGCCUGGAGGAGGAGUUCUUAGCCAAUGCCCGUGCCCUAGAGGCUGAUGGCAGCCAGAACCCCAUGGGACCAACCCCUGACCCAGCUCGGGCCCCAGACCCUCCAGCUCCUGACUCAGCAUACUGUUCCUCCAGCUCCUCCUCUUCAUCCCUCAGUGUCCUGGGUGGCAAGUGUGGCCCACCCGGGGACUCUGGCCGGACAGCCAAUGGGCUGCCCUGCCCCCGAAGCCAAGCUCUGUCCAGCUCUUCCGAUGAAGGCAGCCCCUGCAUUGGUGUGGGAGGAUCACUAGAUGCAACAGAGAGCUCCCUGGCUGGCCCAGAACUCCCGCAGACCAGAGCGAGGGGGCGGAUGGACACACAGCCAGAUCGUAAACCCUCACGCAUUCCCACACGACGGGAACCCCGCCGCCCAUCUGGACCCACAGAGCUCAGAGCUUGGCAGGCACUGCAGUCGGUUGUCACCCCAAGGACCGAGCCAGAUUCCGGAAUGUGAUGGACCAGCCCACCUGCUCCCACAUACCAUUCCUUCAUUUUUCUUUGUGGCCUUAACCUACCCUCUGCAUCAGGGAGCCCCCUUCCGACUCUCGAGUACCAGACCUCAUGGGACCAGACCCCACAGGACAAUAUGGCACAAUGAACCUCUGUUGUACAUUCCGGUUGGGGGAUGAGUGUUGCUAUUUAAUUACUAAUAUUAUUGAAUGCCUUAGGGGAGACUGGGCCAGCCCGGUGUCCUGAGGACCUGAGGUCCAGUAAGCAGAACCUCUUGACAGUAAAGUUUUUCUCCAGCCA